AUGGCGGGCAGCCAGCCGAUCCUAUUGGGCAGCGCCAUGGACGUGUCGCACUUCUCCUUCUUCGAGCGAUCCACGGCGAAAGAAUUCAUUCUUUUCGCCUGUCGCACGAUUUCGCGCAGCGCGCCGUACAACCAGCGACAGACGGUCAAGGAACGAGAGUACGUGGUGUACGUGGUGAACCAGAGCGGGCUCGUGGUGCUCGUGGUGGCAGACGAGGCGUACCCACGAGGCAGCGGCUUCGCUGUGUGCAAGAAGGUGGCAGAGGAGUACAUGGGAGCGGAGGGAGACGCCUGGAUGAGCAUACAGCAGGACAACAAGAAGUCUGUGCCGCUGCUUGAUAAGCUGCUCGUGCAGGCCCAGGACCCAGCGAACGUGGAUAAGAUCGCCAAGGUGCAGAGCGAAAUCGACGAGACCAAGAGAGCUGUGGAAACAACGAUUCACAAGAUGCUCAACAGAGGGGAGACACUGGAGAAUCUUGCAUCCAUGAGCAACGACCUUAGUGUGCAAUCCAAGAUGUUUGUGAAGCAAGCCAAGGACAUUAACAAGUGCUGCACCAUCUUGUAA